UGUCAUCGCCGUCCGCAACGGAACAGGCUGCAGUCUGUCUGCGACACCAGGCUCGGCAUGCCGCCCCCUAACGAUAGCGUUGACCCUCCGAGCCUGGAAUACGCGUCCCCGAGGCGAACACGUCGGCGAUUGAUCUUCACCCUGCCUGGGGAAAACACCGCAGAACCCUGGAGCGAGCCCACGGCGCGGCAUGGCCAGCACAGCAGCGACCCGCUGUUCGCCGCCGCCGAAGUCAGCAGCGACAGCGGGAAACGCAGCGGCGACUACGCGACGUACCUGGCCGAAAUGGCGCCGGCGGCCGGCAUGAAGCGCCAGCGCAUCUCUGAAGACUACGGUCACCUCCAGGACAAGUGCAUGAUGUGCCGUUUUCUGGACGUGCUCGCGAAGUGCUACAACUGGGCCUGCGUCAGCCUUCUAGCGUGGCUCUACUUCAGGUGGUUCAGCUGAAGUGGCACCGGGUGUGCUGCAGUGGUGCGGCCCGCUCGGCAGUCGAGCCGCUCCCAAAGAGCAGCGCCCCCGCGAACAAACCGUGCUGCGUCCUCCACCGUGAUCAAUACAGACAAAUUGCGCCCACGCUGGACUAUCGCGUUAAAUUUUCAGAGGUGAAGCAACAUACCGCGUGAGCGUUGCGACUCUCCUAUAGCCAUGUCAGGUAAAGCGUAGCUUAAUGUAGCGGCUGUGUACCAUGUAGCCCUGGACGUUCAGUCGUCAGUCUGCGUACAAGCACCACAGUCGAAAGGAAAGGAGCCGAUGCUACGCUUAGACUUGGUGCGCGAACAAUCCUAACGGUUCCUUGCAAGUUCUGCACUGAAAAUACUGACGUAAAAACGAGGCGUAUUUUAAAGAGAUAUGGCGUUUGACUGAAACCGACAUGCGGUGUAUUUUGAGCAUGGGAAGGCCUGCACUUUUUCGCGCAUUAGUUUUCUCCACAGGUCUGUAAAAAUACUGUUUAACGAAAGUUCUAGUUUUGUGGAUAGUUUAUUGUAACCUGCUAAAUAUUUCGUAGAUGUUCCCUUAAUGCCUGGCUUUGGAACGGCAUUGCCUUUUCGGAGGAAGAAUUAAUUUCGGAAGCUUGUCGAGGAUAGCUCGCUAAACUUGUGUGAGGGAAUCUGUAGGUUGUGUCCCCGUACAGUGGACAACUUCUCGUGAUCAUUUAGUCAUGUUUGUUUACGACUCGAUAAGUUUCUUCGUGCGGAUGUAAAUUUGCGUCAGACUAUUAAAGGCGCUAGUAAACUGCGGCACUAC